AUGGUGGGGACGGAAAAAAAAAUAUCUUCGCGUCUGCGAUUCAUCAUGUGGCUAGCACUUUUGCUCAUUUACUGUUUUGCCACAUGGACGGAGACGCCUCUGGGCGUGUCGGCCGUCACGGAAAUUUAUAAUGACAGGGAGUGGGUGCCAUUUGGCGCUACCAUGACGGUUGGUCGCGCACACAGUGCGGUGGUCUUUGCGAACGCUUCACUUCUCGUCGUGGGCGGUUGCAAGGACUCUGCAUGCACAACUCCGCUGAAUACGGUGGAGGUUGUGGACCUCAACCAGCAGCGGCCCACAAAACUCAUGGAGUUGCCCAUCUUGUUAAGCGCAGGGAAUUCGGACCAGGGUGGUGCUUCUGCCCCAGUUUCCAUGGGAAUAGCCGGGCCCACCGCCAUGGUGCGAUUGGACGAUGUUGACGCUGAAGGAGGUGCAGGUUUCUCCUUUUAUGUUGUUGGCCCAUGUGGGUAUUACUUCCCUCAGCACCAAGGGACCCAGAAUUCAACCCUUGUGUGGCGGCAGUACACAGGUAUUUGGGGUCUCUCGAGCAGUUUGACGCGUGUGGUGGAUCACUUUAGCAUCCAUCAAGAGUUUGGUGGUAACGAAGUGAGUGAGAACACGAGGACAUAUAUUCCAUUUCGUGCAAAUGCCACAUGCAGCUCACGUGGGCAUCUUCUUUUAAUCAUUGGAGGGGUUGACUUGUUCACCGGAGAGGCCCUUGACACUGUUGAUGUGUAUGACACAAAGUUGCGCCGCUACACACCUGGGGCUGCAAAACUCAACGUGGCUGUGCAAAACCCACUGGUUGCUGUAGACAGUGAACUCAUAUAUGUUGCUGGUGGUGAAACGCGGCUUGAGGCACCUAGUGGAGAGGCAAGCGAUACACGGAGUUAUGCGGGCGCGACACAUGAGAUGCAGCAUCAGCUCCUAAAUUGCAACCGUGUUUCUUCAGCCGUGUGGUGUCCAUCCGCGAUGGUACAGGCGAUUGUGAUUAGCAAUGCGUCUGCCCGCGAGGAUGCAAUAACUGACGUCAAUGUGUCUCCUCCAGACCUGGUUGUGUGGAGUUUGCCUGCCAAUUAUGCACUGCUUCAUCAGAACGUCAACGAAAGCAGUGCUUCCCGUUUAAGUAACCGGUACAUGUUUAGGUUUAACGACAAGCUAUGCCUCGUGUUGAAUGUCAGUUUUGUCAACUGCCUUGACGUGGAACAACUGUUGGGCCGUGCCGGCUUGCCUAAUAGCGGCAGCGUGGUUAUUACUUGGCAGUCUCUCUUGGAGCCGUCAAACGUUCUUCCUGUUUCUGUGUCCACCCCCUUUGCCUUUACCCUUCCCGUGGGUGUGUUGGGUGCCAUGUUGGUCUUUUUCGAAUUUGGUGGAUUUGGAUUGGACUCCGAGGCCUCUGCACGGGUCUUUUAUCGAAGCAGUGGCAUUGGCAUCACCAGUGUCCCUAACAUUGAUGCGGUGGUGCCAGUUAACAAAUCGCUGCGUUUGACGCUCCACCCACCGAUAGAGGGAUACGUGCGGCUGUCGAAUAACCCGCUCUGCAUUGGAAACGCCGCGGGGACGUCUGAUGUGCAUGUGUUUAGGCUUCCAGAGGAUGCGACCGUAGCGGAGUUCCAACCACGCGCUGAGAGUGGCCACGUGUAUACGUGUUUUUCAAAUGGACCUGUAUGGCUGUUCGACGCCGCGGGCACGCACUCGCGCGUCUCACGUAGAAAGGGAUUUCUAUUUACUCCAAUCAAAUUUACACAAUUUCAAAUCCGUGACCUACAGGAUUGUUCUGCUCCACAGGGCAUAAAAGACCAAAGUAUGUACACUGUGAGUGUCAGCUUCAGUAUUGUGAUGGGGAUUGCGGUGGUGGUGAUUGCGGUGUUUGUAUUUGCGCAUUUGCGGCAGCCACGCAACUACAACUUGGACUACGCCAUGCAUCUACUUCUCGGAGAAAGCAACGGCAGCGAUACGGAGGAUGAAGAACCUACUCCUGUGAGUGUCGUAGUUCGUGCUGGACGAAGUAACGGUGAGGUGUCCACAGGCAGCAGCAAAAACGUAGCAGCAGCAGCAGCAGCAGCAGGAGGAGGAGGAGGAGGAGGAAAGGCCCCUCCCAAGAUACCACCGCUUCGCCCCAACCCAAAAUUGGAGCGAGACAGUUUGGUGAAGAACACCACAAAUUGGUCUCGCUACGAGGUGCUGCAACGAAUUGGGGAGGGGGCAUUUUCUUCCGUGUACCUGGUCCGACGCAAAUCCACUUGCCAGAAGUAUGCGUUGAAGUUUCUGGUGUGCAAAGACAACAAGGAACGCUUGGACGCCAUUCGGGAGUGUGAAACAAUUAACUCGCUGCAGGGACAUCCGAACAUUAUUCGCCUUGUGGAUAUGUUUAUGAACUACGAAUUUGAUUGGGGGCACUCGGCUGGCUCUGCUGAAGCCCCGAACGUUUUGACAUCCGCACCGCCACCGCAGCCACAGUUGCCGCGGUGGAACGCAGUUGGGAUAAAGCGAGUGGCUCAUAACCCACGCGUGGUCAUGACAUUGGCGGGUGCUCAACCCCACAGGCUAGUUCGUGAGCAGAAGCCGCGGGAAGUACCACAACUCCAACCGCCAUCUUCAGUUUGGCACGCGCUUGCAAACGCGCCUGCUCGUUUGACAGCAGCCUCCAUUCAAGAUGUCCAAAGCACGUCGGUAACAAGAAGACAACCACUGUUAAACGACGACGAUGAGAAAAUAUUGCAAACUGGAAAUGCGGCGUUUCAGUGCCUUCACUGUCCUAUGCGGAGUAGGGAUGAGAAUGUUGAUGAGGUUGUUGUUGCAAAGGCAGACGGCAGGAAGCCAAGUGGUUCUCCAGCGCAGCCUCCGCCUCCUCCGCCUCCCACAGUGUCACUGGUUGUGGCAAGUUGUGCGAACUCCAGGCCGUUGCACGAACUGAGCAGCAGCGGUGCACCUCGACGCUCCCGGGCACACUGCCCACAUGGGUACGCUCCUGCGUUGCCAGUGGGAGUGCCGCCGCUUCCACAGGGGGAGGUGAUGCACUACAGCAACUUUGCGCAGGUGUCACACGCGGAUGCUUUACUGCGAACACUGACCACGCCGCAAGAAGGCCUGCCCUUGCCUCAGAAACGCACGUCGUAUGCCCCGCGCGGUGUUAUUCGUUACAAAGACUUUGAUACCUCUUUGGCGGUUGCUGGUAAGGUCCCAGCAGCGAUGCAGGUCCCGGUAAAGAAACACGAUUUUGUCGUGAAGCAAACCCCAACUUACGCUUCAAUGCUGCACGUGCAACCUGCUGUGGGGAAGAUACAAUACAAAAAUUUUAUUUCCCCAGACUCCGGCACCAACGAGGAGGCCAAUAAGUUGGGGCACAUGACAAAGCCCAAGUCUGUUGCCGCUGCUGUUCGUGCAGCCCGCAUGACGAAGCUAAACGAGGGUACGAGGGAUCUUGUUGUGCCGUGUGUGCUACCAAGCCCUACAACAGUUAUUUAUAAAAACGGUCCUGUUACCACGGUGUCACCCGCAGCAACAAGAGGUGCGCCCCAGCCUACAGUGUUACUACAGCAACCACAACCCACUCGAGAUGCUGCGGCGAAUACGAUUUGCUGCUCGCCUGAUAUAGCUGAUGCAGUACGAUUAAAUGAGGAAACAUCCAUGGUUCAACACCGCCAACAACAACAACAGUGUGAAGAGGGUAAGGAGUUACUUCUGGAGUUUGCCGCCAACAAAUCGCCGAUGUCUGUUGCAAGGCCGCUUCUUGGCGUGGCCCAUGACAUGGCGAGGUUGACAACGCCGGGCACGUCUGAAGAUGGACCGAUGCAUACACGUUAUUUGUGUCUUGUGAUGGAGUAUCAUCCCAUGGGUGACUUGUGUGGCUACGUCCUCCGUCACUCAGUGAAACACAACGCCAAGCUAAAACGCCAGCUAGAGGAGGAUAAGGCACGCUUUAUGAGGGCGCAAGAGGAGGAUGCAAAGAGGAUGGAGCAUGAUGCCGCAACGUCCUGGGUGCAACUGGGCUCAGAUAGUGACAGUACUCCUUCAUUUUUCCGUCCCGGAAAAUCUUCGCGGAGCUUUAGUCACGAAGCCCAGUGUCAAUCCUCGCACGAUCGCACGAAUGAUGCUUCACAACAAGCCACAGCGGGAUCAUGGAGCUACAGCAACGUUGAUCUUUCUUUUGGAAUUGGCAGCAAUAGUAACCUGGAGAGAGUGUGUGAGGCGGAAUUUGCGAUGCGGGGAAACGCCCUAAGCGAGCCGCAACUCUUGUCAAUUGCUUAUCAACUUUCCUCGGUGUUGCACCAUCUGCAUUCGCAACGCCCACCUAUCGUGCAUCGCGACCUUAAGCCAGAGAACAUUCUUAUUUGCGGGGAGCCGCCACAUAGUGCUGCUGAGGAACAAGGCGAUGACGACGAGGAUGUCAGUAGGCGCAUUCAUAGCGUUGAAACGGACAGUGACGGUAAAAAUGGCGUUAGCGGUUUAGCGUCCUCCAAAAAGUAUCAUUGCCCCUUACGUCAUGGCACCAGUUGCUCCGUCAAAAUUUCUGACGAUGUCAUCCCGAUUGUUGUGACAGAUUUUGGUUUGGCCUUUAUGUUGGAAGAUCGAUGUCGCGCGGGUCGUGGCGGUGGGACGCGCCCCUACAUUGCGCCAGAGUGCUGGAAUGGCCAGACAACGACAGCCAGCGACAUAUGGAGUCUUGGAUGUUUGUUGUAUGCCCUCGCCACAGCACGUGUGACACUUCAGACAGUGCGCAUCAUGUACGCAGAGGCAAAGAACGAGGGUUUUGCUGCGAUGAUAUUUAAUGACAUCCUGGCGGAGAACUACUCGAAGGCCUUUGCAUGCUUCGUCGUUUCUCUUCUUGUGAUAAAUCACAGCAAGAGACCCUCGGCUGAGAUGGUGAUGCGGUGCUUCAUAGUCGAUGAUACCGAGGUGCGGUUUAACCCGAAUUGCCCGUUCUUCAGCAACGUUCUCGACCUGUGA